CUAACCCGCAGUCACACACAACAAGGGGGGAGUUCCUCCGAGCCAGACGCAUCACUUCGACCUGUUCUCUCCGGGAGAGUCGGACCUGCAGAUUAUUUCCCCGCAGCACACUCAUGAGAUGAGCUCCAUCUUUAAACUGCUCUCACUCAAACAGCAAGUUUAGUCUGCGACCUUUUCCUUUUUAUGUUUUAAUUCGUGACAGUGGCAGAAGUCGUGACAGACAGUUGAGUUUAGUUGAAUUAUCUGUUGGAGAUUUUCCAUCCUCGAACAGAGAUGCCUGAGGACAUCGGCACAGCCAAGCCUGGAGGAGUCAUCGCCUAUAUUUCCUCUGGCUCCGCCUCCAGCCCAGAGUCCUGUAUGAGCACCAGCCCCAGCAGCAGCUACCUGUCGACAUCACAGUCGGUGUCCCGCCCCGCGCUGCCCAGCAGAGCCGUGGGCAUGGUGGUGGAUAUCUCUCCGCCGGCCAAGAACGGCCAACAGCGCGGCCACGGCAUGGAGAAGGCCGGGCGCUCCUCUACAUCUGCCAAGAGCAGCAUCACCAAAAUUAACGGCAUGGUGCUGUUGUGUAAAGUGUGUGGAGACGUGGCCUCGGGCUUCCACUAUGGCGUCCACGCCUGCGAGGGCUGCAAGGGGUUCUUCAGGAGAAGCAUCCAGCAGAACAUCCAGUACAAGAAGUGUCUUAAGAUGGAGAACUGCACCAUCAUGAGGAUCAACAGGAACCGCUGCCAGCAGUGUCGCUUCAAGAAGUGUCUGGCUGUCGGCAUGUCCAGAGACGCUGUCAGAUUUGGCCGCAUCCCAAAGAGGGAAAAGCAGAGGAUGCUGCUGGAGAUGCAGAACGCCAUGAACAACAUGAUGAGCAACAACAGCCAGCUGCACAGCAUGCUGCACGGCCAGCAGAGCCCCUCACUGCCCAUGGAGGCCAUGACCAGCGACCCCAGCUCCUCGCCCUCCUCUUCCUCCUCCUCUGCUUCCGAUUCCCCGUCGUGCUCCAACCCCUCCUCCCCGCAGUGCCCCCAGGACUCAGAGUCCGUGGUUUCCAUGGACACCAACUCCAGCUCCGCCUCGUCCUGCGGAUCAGACAGCGGCGAGGACGAGGCCGUCGUCACCGUGAGCCGGCAGCACCAAGAUGCCUUCGCCUACAGCCAGAAGAGGUCGCCGAGACAGGGCCAGGCCUCGCCCUCGUCGAGCGCGGUCGCCCUGGAGACAGGGUGUGACAACCGCAUGGAGGAGCAACAGGAGAGCUGGAGCUGCUGGAACAACAAUGUGGAUGUGGGAGGUUACCAGCACAGUUCGUACAGUAACAGUCAACACGUCGCCAACACUGCUUACAGGGAGGAGAGGGGAGUCUACCAGCAGCAGCAGCAGCAGCAGCAGCAGCAGCUCAACAGCGCCCCCAGCUGUGAACCAUCAGAAGUCAGCCAAAGACAGCAUGAAUUUAACACACAAACUGCCUCAAGUGGUUACAGUGGACCAACCAGCUGCAUGAGUAACAGAACACACUUGGUCUGUCCCAUGAACACAUCACCCUACGUGGACCCCCACAAGCCAAGCCAGGAGGUCUGGGAGGAGUUCUCCAUGAGCUUCACCCCCGCCGUGCAGGAGGUGGUCGACUUCGCCAAGAGGAUCCCGGGCUUCCGCGACCUCCCCGAGCACGACCAAGUGGGCCUGCUGAAAGCUGGAACUUUUGAGGUGCUGAUGGUCCGAUUUGCUUCUCUGUUCAAUGUGGUUGAGCGGACGGUGACCUUCCUGAGCGGCAAGCGUUACAGCCUUGACACGCUACGGUCACUGGGUGCUGGUGAGCUGCUCAACUCCAUGUGCGAGUUCAGCGAGAAGCUGGCCGCGCUGCGGCUCGACUCAGACGAAAUGAGCCUCUUCACGGCCGUGGUGCUCGUCUCAGCCGACCGCUCAGGGAUCCAGGACCUGAACUCAGUCGAGGCGCUGCAGGACAAACUGAUCCGGGCGCUGCGAAACCUGGUGAUGCAGAACCACGGCGAGGAGUCGGCCACCACCUUCACAAAGCUGCUGCUCAAGCUUCCCGAGCUGCGUUCACUCAACAACAUGCACUCAGAGGAACUGCUCUCCUUCAAAGUGCACCCUUGAAAGCUUCCUGAGGGGGCACGCCUGUGCCCCUCCACCUUAUCCACACGCCUCCACCUCCACCUCCACCAGGACCUGCCUCUUACUGCACCCUCACCCUCCGUGUUCGACCAACUCAGUUGCGUAUUUGUUUAUAGAAUGUAUUAAAAGUUAUUUUUUAUUCUAUUUUUGUUAAGUAGACCGCGCGGGGUCUGGAGAGAGAAGAAUAUAAAACGUACUGUAUUUAUAGAAGAGAUAGCUUGUUGCACACAAACACACGCAAGUGCAUGUGUGUCAGAGGUUAGUUUUGCAAAGUUGGAGGCACUUUUCUAUUUUUAAACAACGAAGAAUACUUAACUGGCUUGAUGAAAAGAUAGAAAAACAAUUGGUCGAUCCAAAAGCCAUUUAAUUCCAAAGUGUAUUCUCUGAUGAGCGGGUGAAUGUGAGAGACAGUAUACACCUUACAUACCUACCGCAUGUUUGUUUGGUCCAAUAUUUUGACUGAUACAUGUCGGCGAGAAAGGCAAGCUAUCAGAACAUGUAUGGAAGACUGUGUGACGACCGCUGUUAAUGCAUGGCUGUACUUAUUACGAACAAUUAUUACUUGGAUCUUCUCCCCUCGCCUCAGAAAGCAUCAGUUCACAGUUUCAGUGUAAAUACUGUUGUAUGUUUUCUUUUUAUUUAAGUUGUUUUUUAUGUGUUUAUAUCGACUGCCUGUACACUGCCUGGUGAUUUCUGGGGGAGUCGACAACACCAUGUUCAGCAACACUACAUUUGCACAUGUAACACAACAUGUAUAGGCUACAUGUAGUCACACUAGUGUUUUUGACCUUUUCCCACCUUUGUUUUGUUUUUUUAAUCAGACUUUGUGUGCUCUCAGCAUAGCACUGAAUUUGAUGUGUUUGUCAUCCAUUUUGUUAAAAUAUCUGUUUCUUCAACUGGCGACACUGCCAUAUGUAAAUAA